AAUCGAUGAUUUUUGAUGUUAUGACGUCGUAGAUGGCGCAACCGUCGCAGUUUAAAAUCAGUUGAAUAAUUUUCAUUGUUUGUGGAAUUUAGUGGCUUUUCUUGUGUUUUUCUUUGGAAAUUCAAUCGUUAAAAUGGAAAAUCAGUCUCCCUUGAGACGAUCAGAAAUUGGGGUAUACAAAACUCCCGUCCGUCCAGUGAUUAAUGACGACGAAAGGGAGAGAGCUACUGCGAGAAAGAGCUUCCUGGACAGCACUUGUGCUUCCAGCACCACAGGGCAAUGUGAAGAUCUGCAGAUUGGUCUGAAGCUCUUUCAAGAGAAUAAAUUCACAAAGGAGAAUGCCUGGAACAUUCCUCUUAUUGAUAGCUUCAGUGACCUGAUACGGAAGCACCAUCAGGCCGUGGGAAAUUUUCAGAUGGCAGGAUAUGGACUGGAGGCCUCUACAAAGCUCUAUGGGAUUCGUGUAGAUUCGAUUCACGAGAAGACGAUGCGUCUCAACAGUGGCUUGGGGACCAAGAAAACGUCUCGAAAUGACAAUGAUGAUACAGUGGCUGAGGAUCAGGACACUGGCAAUGCACAAACUGCCACUGCAGCCAGACCAAAACGCAAAAAGCGCCCCAAGAGCACUGUCACGAAGAAUGUUGAGACAAUCAAUGGGAAAUUGGAAACUGUUCCCCUGCCAGAGCCCAUCAUGGCUGAAUUGAGGUCCAUCCUGGGCAAUAUUGCAAAUCCUAAAAAUCUACUCUCCAAGAAACUGUCAGAUCGCAAUGGGAUCUUCAAUCUGGACUCCAAUGCACCUCUUAAUUAUCCGGAAGCGAAGAAAGUGGACGUUUAUGCGGAGCACGAUUGGUCAAAGUACAAAAAAUUCACGGUUUCUUUUGAGAAAAUUGAACCAGGAGAUCGCCUGAGACCAAUGCAUUCCCACUAUGAGAUCAAGGAUACCCCAGCUGAGGAAGAAGAGGAAGCUGCUUGGGAUGCACAGCAACUAAAUGCAUCCAAUAAUUCCCAGAUUGCUUUAGCCUUUGACAUGGACGCUGAAGUUGAGCCCCUGCCGCCCACUCAGGACGACUUCCAGGAUGCUGAGCCGAUGGAACAGGAUUUCCCGGACAUUGGUGAGAUGACGGAGGACGAUAGAGCAGCGAUAUUGGCUUGCGAGGGUGGACGUCCACGGUCCAUUCAUAUCCGUGACCUGAGGCCCACUGAUGCCAAUCACAGUCACUUGGAGUACUCGUACAGGCCCAUGGAGAUGAUCAAUCAGUACUGGGCUGGUCCGUCGCACUGGAAGUUCAAGCGUCCGUCGAGGAGUCUUGGUGUCUCGGAAGGACGUCAGACGGGAGUUGGAGUGGUGGGGCAGAAGAGGGUGCGGAGGGUGAAGCCGACUCUGGCGAAAAUGGAGGAUUUCGUGGAGACGGAUGUGGGUAUUUUUCUGCGGUUGGGUGAUGCAAAGCUGAGGCAAAAGAAUAUCCGGAAGAAGUGGGAGCAGAAGGAGAAACUCAAGUUGCCGACGGAUUUUAAAUUUGAUCGUGCUAUGUGCAACACCUACAAAUUUGCUCCGGGAACGAUGGUCCGGGAGGCAAAUAGCGAUGCUGUUCAGGGUAUUUUGCCCAUUGGGGAUGACUACAACUAUGACAAUCCAGUGGAUAGGAGUUACUGCAGUAAUGUCAUGACGCAGGAUGAUACGGAUACGGAGACGGGAACUGAGGCUGGUGGGGCAUUGGGAGAUGCACCUGGGGUGGAGGAAGAUGUUCCGGGGACGGAGGAGAAUGCAGCAAAUGCUACAGUGGGGCAUUUUGAUAUGGAAUAUGAAGGGGCUCCGGAGAAGGUGGAGAAGAUUGUGUUGCCGUAUGCAAAGAGAGCAAAAAUUGUGGAUAUGAAGCAAUUGAAGAAGGCAGCUUGGCAUUUGGUUUGCGUAGGGCUGAAGAGUACAGAAACCAUCAGUUUUCACAAACUCUACAAUGCCCUGCCUCAUCAUUUGAGUCCGACUAUGAAGGAAAAUCUAAGUGUACCUCUGGCCUUCUAUUCUAUCCUCCAUUUGGCCAAUGAGCACGGUCUGAAGUUGAUUCAACGGGAGAAUCUCAAGGAUCUUGGUGUCAGGUUCCAAGGAGAUUUCGCCCCAGGUACUCAACCUUUCUCUCAAACCCAGAAAGAUCCCACCAUUUAAUUGCGAGUUUUUCUUCCAAACCCUUUUUUUUAAAUCACAAAUUAAUAAAUCUAAUAAAUUAAUAAAAUUUUUCCGGAGACGCCUAACCUCAAAAA